GAUUACGUGGUACAAAUUCCAUACUUCUAUGCUAAGUAUUGACUUUUAAUUCUAUUUCAACUUCAAAACGUGUCACUACUGUACCAUUUCUUUUUUGUUGACUCUUAAAAUUCUACACACACAAACUCAAAAAUUUCCAUAGCAAUGGACCUUCAAGAAUCAAUCAGCAACCAAACAGGCGUAUCCUUAACACUAGCCAAGCAUGUUUUCUCCACUGAGGUUAAAGGGGACACCAACAUGGUCUUCUCCCCUUUGUCGAUCCAUGUAGUGUUGGGUCUCAUAGCAGCGGGUUCAAAUGGCCCGACCCGUGACCAGUUGCUCAGUUUCCUCAAAUCGAAGUCUACUGACGAACUAAACUCUCUUUCUUCUCAGAUUGUUGAGGUUGUCUUUGCUGAUGGUAGCCCUAGUGGUGGGCCUCGACUUUCGGUUGCUAAUAGCGUCUGGGUUGAACAGACUUUCCCUCUGAAGCAUUCUUUCAAACAGAUUGUGGACAAUGUUUAUAAGGCUACUUCUUCUUCUGUUGAUUUUCAGAAAAAGGCUGUUGAGGUUGCCAGUCAAGUGAAUCAAUGGGCUGAAAAGGAAACAAGUGGGCUUAUCAAAGAAAUACUUCCAGGUGACUCAGUUGACAGUUCAACUAGACUUGUGUUUGCAAAUGCAUUGUACUUUAAAGGAGCCUGGGAUGAAAAGUUUGAUGCAUCAGUGACCAAGGAAAGUGAGUUCCACCUUCUGAAUGGGACAUGUAUUCAGGUGCCCUUCAUGACUAGCCAGAAGAAGCAAUAUGUAAAAGCUUUUGAUGGUUUCAAGGUAUUGAGCCUUCCGUAUAAACAAGGUGAGGAUAAGCGUCGUUUCUCCAUGUACUUCUUUCUGCCUGAUGCCAAUGAUGGACUGCCAGCUUUGGUAGACAAGGUCAGUUCCGAAUCCCAAUUCUUGGAGCGACACCUUCCAUAUCAAAAGGUUGGAGUCGGUGAAUUCCGUAUCCCCAAAUUUAAAAUAUCAUUUGGAUUUGAAGCUUCUAACGUUCUGAAAGGGCUUGGCCUGGUAUUGCCUUUCUCUGGUGAUGGCCUCACUGAGAUGGUAGACUCCCCUGUUGGCAGUAACCUUUAUGUUUCUAGCAUCUUUCACAAGUCCUUUAUUGAGGUAAAUGAAGAGGGAACAGAAGCUGCAGCUGCAACUGCUGGUGUUGUUAAACUAAGAGGAUUGAUGAUGGAAGAGAAAGUAGACUUCAUUGCUGAUCAUCCAUAUCUUUUCUUGAUUAGAGAAGAUGCAACAGGCGUGGUACUGUUUGUUGGUAGUGUGCUUAAUCCCCUCGCAGAGUAAGUCAUAUUCCACUAUAUGGAGGUUGAUAUAUGUUGUUUGUAUCUUCUUUGUAUCCCUCGGACUACUUGUGUGCUUAAUCCCCUCGCAGAGUAAGUCAUAUUCCACUAUAUGGAGGUUGAUAUAUGUUGUUUGUAUCUUCUUUGUAUCCCUCGGACUACUUGUGUGCUUAAUCCCCUCGCAGAGUAAGUCAUAUUCCACUAUAUGGAGGUUGAUAUAUGUUGUUUGUAUCUUCUUUGUAUCCCUCGGACUACUUUAGUACCCAGAGUUAGCUCAAACGGUCUUCCUCCCCUUGUAUCUUACCAAUACUCUGAGUAAAAUUUGCCAACUGCUCUUUGUACGUUUGAAGCUCAGUUUGACUUGUAAUGCUCUACAGUGUACUAUGAAAUAAUUGACAUCAAAGGUCUGUGCAAUACCUCAAUUUAGAUGUAUAAUAUUUAUUUCAAAAUGA